AUGUGCAAGUGUGGUUGUAGAACAACACUAUUUAAUCCUAUAGUGGUAUAUAGCAAAAAAUAUGGAUUUGUCAAGAAUAAUGCUCAAAGAACUAAAAAAAAUAUAAUCAGGAAUUUAAGUCUAUACACCACUUACAAUGCAAAUGAAUUAAAAAAAUAUUGUGAAACUUCCAGAGUUGUAUGCACAGGUGUUGGUGUUGUAAAUGGAGUUGGAAUUGGAAUAGACCAAUUUUGGGAGAACAUACUUAAUGGAUAUAAUUCGAUUGACAAAGUAACAAAAUUUGAUGUAACAGGUAUGCCAUGCGGAAUAGCUAGCUCAAUAGAUAAAAAAAAUUUUAACCCUCCUGAUUAUUAUACAAAUAAAAAGGAUGCAAAUCGUAAUGACGAUUGUACGCAUUAUGCUAUAGCUGCAACUAGAUUAGCAAUAGAUGAUGCGAAAAUAAAUUUAAACAAAAUUGAUAGUAAUAAAAUUGGAACAAUUAUUGGAAGUGGUAUUGGUGGCUUGGAUUUUUUAGAAAGAGAAAUGAAAAUAAUGUAUGAAAAAGGCCAUAAAAGAGUAAGCCCAUAUUUAAUACCUGCGAUGAUUGCAAAUACACCAUCGGGACUUGUAUCUAUUGAAAAUAAUUUAAGAGGAAUUUCUGUUGGUAUGUUAAGUGCAUGUGCAACAUCAGGAAAUACUAUUGGUGAAGCAUAUCGAUAUAUAAAAUAUAAAGAAUAUGACGUUAUGAUAUGUGGGGGGACUGAAGCUAGUAUUACUCCGAUUAGUUUUGCUGGAUUUAAUGCAUUAAGAGCAAUGGCUGUUGGGUAUAAUGAUAAUCCUAAAAAGGCAUGUAGACCUUUUGAUUUAAAAAGAAGUGGAUUUGUUAUGGGUGAGGGGUCAGGUGUUUUAAUACUAGAGUCAUAUGAACAUGCAAUAAAAAGAAAUGCAAAAAUUUAUGGAGAAAUUUUAGCAUAUUCUUCUGAAAGUGAUGCAUUUCAUAUAACAUCUCCUGAACCUAAUGGUUUAGGAUUAACAAAUUCGAUAAAUAAGGCAAUAAAAAAUGCUAACAUAAGUAUAUCCGAUAUUAAAUAUAUAAAUGCCCAUGGGACAUCAACUAAAUUAAAUGAUCAAAUCGAAACAAAAGUUUUUAAGAAUGUUUUUAAAGAUCAUGCAUACAAGUUACAUAUAUCCUCGACUAAAAGUAUGACAGGCCAUUGUAUAGGAGCAGCAGGGGCUAUUGAAUCUAUUAUAUGCUUAAAAACUAUGCAAACAAAUAUUAUACCCCCAACAAUUAAUUACGAGCAUAAAGAUGAGGAAUGUGAUCUCAAUUACACACCUAAUAAAUCCAUACCCUCAAAACAAAAUAUCGAUUUUUCAUUAAAUACUAAUUUAGGGUUUGGUGGCCAUAAUACAGCGUUAUUAUUCAAAAAAAUUACAAAAUAA